AUGUCGGAAUUUUCCAAAUUUAAAAAAGCAGACUUGAGUCAAGUCUUGAAGAGAUUGGGUGUUCGCACCACCGCCAAGGACGUCAAGAAGGUAUUAGUUGAGAAAUUGGAUGCUUAUCUUGCUCACAAACCUAAGGAUGUAAAUGCAGUUAGAAAAUUCCUCGAGGAGUUGGGUGCUAACGAGGUCGAAGAGGAGGAAGUCACUGUUAUUGAAGCUGGAGAUAAUGACGAUGACGAUGACGAUGAAGAUGAAGAUGAUGACGAUGAUGAAGAGGAGGAAGUGGAAGAGGAAGGUGUUAUCUUGGUUGCAGAGGAUGACGAUGAGGAGGACAAGGAUUACCAAGCCCCACCACCAUUGAACUUGAAGGAAUUCAUCUUGGACCCAAUAAUCGCCACUAGCGAAAACGCCAUUGACAAGUUCUACGAGUUUACCGAUUCCGUAGGUAUCACAUAUUUGGAACACACGGAGAAAUUGAGAGACCAAUUGAGCUCAACUGUCACUUUGAACUUCUUGGAAUUGGCUUUAGAAUUUAUCAUUUAUUUGUACAACUUCACCACUAUUGUCCCCUUGAACAAGAACCAAUUAAUCCACCAAUUUUUCCAUGACAACAUCCCUUAUUUGGCACAUUCUCAACUCCCAUCAUUGGAAUUGAUUGGCUUGUUUGAAUUUAAAUCCCUUGCUACAUUGGCAACUUGGAUUCUUUUUGCCAUCAUUUCACCUUCGGUAGUUUCCUACUUUGUCAACUUCACAUCAAGAGUGAUUGAAAUCGAUGACGAUGAAUACUUGUUGAGAAUUUACUCAUUUGAUCCAUUCAUUUUCGCCUUGAGUAAAAUCUUGAUUUAUUACUUUGUGGGCCAAAGUUCAAUUAUCGAAUUUGCCACUGCUGAAUGCUGGUUACUGGCUUUGAAAAAUAAGGCAUUGUUACAUUUAGGAUUGUAUCACACUUUUGCUGCCACUUUGGGCACUUUGCCUUAUGUUUUGGGAGGAGUCAAUGCUUUGAUUGCAUUGUACUCUCAAUUCGAAGAAUUUUAA